AUGCGCUCCCAACUUGUGUGGGAGCUAAUCACAGACUAUUCCACUGGCGGAUGGGAAGGUUGGGAUACUCAGUACUGGGUAUUCCAUGGGCUCGCCCAGUUGUCGAGCCGAUGUGACUUUGAGCUAAUCCCCAGGGUUGACGACAUCCUACGGGCUAAGAGCAAUGAGCGCCGUCCCGGCUUCUUGUCAUAA